GAACGCCCAACGUGUCAAUCGGCGCUAAGCGCUCAAGAUCUCCAGUAACUCUCGCAGUGGACCGGUUUGAUCAGACUAUCACAACCUACCGCCGCUUACAUUUAAACCCCCCGGCAAUGGACAUCAUUAAAGACGGGUGGUUCACCGAAACAUGCACUUUAUGGCCUGGUCAAGCGAUGAGUCUUCAAGUGGAGGAAGAGUUGUAUCAUAAAAAAUCUAAAUUCCAGGAUGUAAUGGUCUUUAAAAGUAAAACAUAUGGAAAUGUGCUGGUUUUGGAUGGAGUCAUCCAAUGCACAGAACGAGAUGAAUUUUCUUAUCAAGAAAUGAUAGCCAAUCUACCUCUCUGCUGCCAUCCUUGCCCAAAGAAGGUUCUCAUCAUUGGUGGAGGAGACGGUGGUGUCCUGAGGGAGGUUGUCAAGCAUCCACUGGUGGAAUCUGUUGUUCAGUGUGAAAUUGAUGAGGAUGUAAUAAAUGUCUCCAAGAAAUACCUCCCUGGAAUGGCAAAAGGCUUCUUCAGCCCCAAACUUACUCUGCAUGUAGGUGAUGGCUUUGAAUUUAUGAAAAGGAAUCAGGAUGCUUUUGACGUCAUCAUCACAGACUCUUCAGACCCUGUCGGUCCGGCUGAAAGCUUGUUCAAAGAGUCUUAUUAUCAACUCAUGAAAACGGCACUUUGUGAGGGAGGAAUUCUCUGUUGUCAAGGAGAGUGUCAGUGGUUGCAUUUGGAUCUAAUCAAGGAAAUGCGAACCUUCUGUAAGACCCUCUUUCCUGUAGUAGACUAUGCAUACUGCACCAUUCCAACAUAUCCAAGUGGACAAAUUGGCUUCAUGCUUUGCAGUAAAAAUCUGAAAACAAAUUUCCGUGAGCCAAUUCGAGAGCUACAAAGAGAUGAGAUCGAGAGCAUGAACCUCAAAUAUUACAAUCCUGAAAUCCACCGCGCUGCAUUCAUCCUCCCAGAAUUUGCCAGAAAGGUACUAAGUGAAGCGUAAAUGGCAUCAUGGGUGCCACCUUGUCAACACACUGCCUUCUGUGAAAGCAGAACAAAACCCUCACCACAGCUGCAGUAGCUCCCACACCUCAUCCCUCUCCGGCUUUCGAUUGGUCAAUGGACUGCUAAUGGACGAGUGCAAAUGCCUUCUGUAGGCAAAUUCUGUUUAUCUGUCCAGUUCCAUCAGUGCUUCUGUCUUAUGAGUUGUUUUUUCGUUUCCUUCUACAAUUCCACUUCCCACAUCAAGCUUUCUGAACUUUACAAAUAGAAAAUCAUGCAUGUUGUGUGACCGAUUCCAGUCUUUCUUUUACUUGUGUUGAGGAUGAAAAAAGAGUGCAAUGCUACAACUGUCUUGUUUGGCGUUACUUACUUAAUUAAGCAUGCAGUUACUUUAAAUAAACUGCAUAUCUUCUCUAUAAA